AUGCAUGUGCGGUACGUAUUAUUGAUACUCUUCGAGGCUCGACGGCUCCUAAAGCAGCAGCCCACGAUCGUUCGUCUUUCUACCUCAAUUUCCAAUCAGGUUACGGUAUGUGGUGACCUGCACGGAAAAUUUGAUGAUCUGUGCAUUAUUCUUUACAAGAACGGUUAUCCAUCACUUGACAAUCCGUAUAUCUUUAACGGCGACUUCGUUGAUCGAGGAGGUCAAUCAAUUGAGGUUCACACUUUCUUCUACUAUUUUUUGAUUUCCAAUUCAUCGGUAGCUGCACUGCCUCCAAGACUGCACUUGAGAAGCGAGUGCUAUGGUGACUUUCGUGGAAUGCCAGCGCUAGUACCGGAACCUCACGCUUUGGCACAUUGCGUCAAUGUGCUGUGUGUGUUGCUAGCACUGUUCGUACUGGAUCCGAAUGCAAUCACGCUCAAUAGAGGCAAUCAUGAGGAUCACAUCAUGAAUCUUCGUUACGGCUUCACCAAAGAGCUAAUGACCAAGUACAAGGUGAGAAAUGAGUGGGAAUAG